UUCAAAUUACCAUCCUUCAUUUCCCCAUCCCUUGUCUCAAACACCAGCCUUAGAUUGAAAAAGUAAACAAGUCCAAGGGGAAAGUAGGCGCACCAAAAAUGGUGGUGAACCAUGCUCAAACCCCGCUUGGUGUACGUACGAGGUCCAUGACUCUGGAACUCAAGCGUAUACAGAAGUUACCUGCUUCACCAUCAGCUGCAUCUGCAGCCAUUGGAGAUGGUGGAUCCUAUCUGCAACUGAGGAGCCGUAGGGUGGAAAGGCUCUCACCAUUUGCUGCUAAAGCAAAAACCCGAAAGAUUCUCAAGGGUUCGACUUCAAAGAGCCAGGGAACUAGGCCAGCCAGUGAGAAUCAAGAAAGUGAGAAAGACAAGGGGAAGCGUCCAAUGCUGGAGGAGAAUGAAAAUGAGGAGAAAAACAAAAACCCUGAUGAUUUGAAGGUCAUGGAGUCCUCCUGGGGAGAGAACAACUUGGAGGCUAAAAGUGCUGAAAGGGCCACAAGGGAGACCACGCCAGUCCAUUUGAUUAGGGAUCCAAACGCUCUGGUUCUUCCCCCCUUUUCAAGCACCAGGCGUCGCUACACCCGCACCACAAGGGCCAAUCCAAGGCAGUUCAUUAACCCGGUAGAAGAUUACCUGAACGCACUUUUUGGUGAUCUUGAAGAGAGGCAUAAAAACAAGUGCAUUGAGAAGUACAACUUCAACUUCGACAAGGAAGAGCCGCUACCUGGCCGUUAUGAUUGGGAGAAAUUGAUGCCUUAAUUUGGUUUAGGAAAAGUGUUAACAGGUGAUGGAAAUCCUUGUACUUCCAUUGUCGUGUCUUUUAUGUACAAAAUAAGGGGACUAGGGUAGUGAAGGACUUGUCGACUAAUGAUCUGUAACAUGUUAAAGGAGAUAGCUCAGUUUCUUCAAUUGUCUAGAAGUUCAUUAGAACUUGUUUGUUGUCGUCGUCGCCGCCGUCGUCAGUUGUGUUUGUAUAAGUUUCUUUGUUUAUUGUUCGUAACUGUACUGUGUGGAACUC